AGGGUCGCUGGUGGUUACGGGGUCGCAGCCGGCCGUCAUCUUGGGCGCGGCUUAGUGGGUCUCGCAGUCCGACUCUUCAGUCGGUUUGCUUCGGUCCCGCUGAGAGCGAAGGCUGGGUAUGUGCCCGGCCAGCGGAGUGGUGAGAAUGAGGGCCAGCCGAGGGUUCCGCGGCCUUGCGGGCGGCCCUCUGCCUCUAAAACCAGGCUCUCGGCAGCGGCCGUGGGGGAGGCCGCUGCGGUUUGGGCAGCGGCUUAGGCCGCCCGGGACCGAGCGGAGGCAGUGGGCAUCCUGCUGCCGGGCCAGGCACGUAGUAAGAGGAGGCGGAGGGUCAUGCCUCUGGAAGACGAGAUGAAAAUUCUCGAGAAGCUGGAAGAAGGCGUGAGUAACGACACCAACGUGGGGCGCCUUCUUGGCGUCCGUGAGGCAGCCGUGCGCACCCUUAAGCCAAACGAGAAGGCCUUCAAGGGCCAGCGUGGAGAAUGUCUCGCUCGUCUGCUCCUCGGUGCUGUGCAUUCCCCAGGACGUCAACAUCGGGAAGAUGGAGACUUGAAUUAAUCUUUUGGGUUUAGGAUUAGACCAGAGUUGGGGGGGUGGGGAGGCAGCCUCUGACGCUGAAGGCCACAUGCAUGCAGCCAGGCCAAACGGGUUUUCAUGCAACUGAUGGAAACCACUGGCAAGGGCAACUAAUAUGUUUCAUGCGAGCAAGGGAUGGUUUGAGAAGUUUAGAAAUCGCUAUAGGCUGCGAAAUUCGAGGUUGAUGGAGGGAGAACCUUUAAAUACCCAGUGGGCACCCACAUAUUCCAAGUAACAACAGAAACUGAUCAGAGCUACAGGCCUUGUACCUCAGCAGGUCUUCACCGCCAAGGAAAUGAGCCUGUUUGGGAAGUGCUUGCCUUCGCGUACUUUUGGGGAAAAAGAUGAAAAUCCGGAAAGCUUAGAGGAAGCUAAGGACCAGAUUUCUCUCCAUUUUUUUUUUUUUUUUGUGCCAGUGACGCAGGUGACAAAAUAAUAAAACCAUUGCUGCUUUAUGAAGACGCUGAUCCCACUUGUUUCAUGGAAAAAUAUAAAACAUCUUCCUGUUUUCUGGCGACUACUAACAACAUCGUUAACAGCUGUCCUCAUUUUGGAUUGGCUUCAUAUUAUUCAUUGCACCUGGAGUUAUUUAACAGAAAAAAAUCUUGCCUUCAGAGUGUUGCUGUUUUUGGACAGAGGUCGCAGUCACCCAGACUCAUUCUUUCUCAUCCCAGUGUUGAUAUUGUUUCUCCAUCUGGAAGGCACUAGCUGUCUUCAGCCUUUGGGUCAGGGUGUAACUGAAGCCUUCAGGAGGUAUUACACCAAGCAUAUAUUUGACCACUUUGCUAACUUUUUGAAAAAAACCCUUGCCUCGCUUUGAAAAAAAUCUGGCAACAGUCCAACAUUCCUGGUGCUUUGGUAGUAAUAAAGGAGGUGAUGGAUGAUAUAAAAAACCAGCUUCUCUUAAUAAAACCUGGUGGAAACUUUGGGAUGAUGUUGUGAAUGAUUAUGCAUGUUUCCCUAGAGCUAAUGAAGAAGUUGAAAAAAUCGGAGGCUGAAAAUGGGCUUUAAAUUCAUUGAGAUUGAUGAAAGUGAAAUUAAUAAACUACUUAAGUUUCAAGCUUUGGCAGAAUAACAGAGAGAGUCUGUAUCUGUAGAUGGGGAAGAAGACAAAUCUCCGGAACCAGAGAUAAAGAUGAACCUGAGGAAACUGCUGUCUCACGCCAGGUGUCAGACCUCAUUGAUGCUGCGAUGGAUGUGGAUCAAGGUUUGGCCUUUAAAAAAGAUUUCAGUAAAUUGUUGUACACCUAUAAAGAGGUGCAAAAGAACCUUCAAAAUAAAGCCAAGAAGUUGAAGAAAGAGAAGGAGGACACAAACAAUAAAGAGGAAGUAGUGUGGGUGAAAGAGGUGGGUACAGAAUCUGACUGAAGAGGAGUCUGAGUCCAUAUCUGAAUCCAAAAAGGAGGAGGAGAGAAAGAGGGUAGGAAGCUGCCAGAAGAAGAGCUUGUAACCUCAGGCAUGGCACUGAGGCUCUGAACUAGAUCUGAAGAAUCUGCCAAGGCCAUAAAUGCAGAAUUGAACUUUUGGAAUCUAACCAUGGAAUUGAAUCUGAAGAAAGUAGAGGUGCCUGCGUUGAAGGAAGAAGAGAAUCCAGAGGCAGUUUCUUCCAAAUAACAGUUCAUCUCUUGCCAUCCUUCCCCUUCUGCCCCAGCAUCACCUUCAUCGUGACCAUCCUUAUAAUCACCAGUCACACAUCUGUAUCAUUAAGUCAUUCAACAAACAUUGAGCAUAUUGUGUAGGGUCCUAUGCUAAACUCUGGGACAUCAUCUCAGGAUCUAAGAUCCUGACUGCUUCCUUCCUGACAUACCCCAUGCUCAGGACCCUUAGCCUGCAGCUCCUUUCAGCUGUGACGGGCAGCUAUGUCUCCGGCACUUACUCCAUCGUUUUUGUCAACUGUCCCAAUGAGCAGAUUGCCAGAGAUAUUGCCAGGGCUAUACUGGAUAAGAAGCUGGCUGCCUCUGUGAACAUCCUGCCUAAGGCAUCCUCACUAUACUACUGGAAUGGAGAAAUAGAAGAAGCCACUGAAAUCCUGUUGUUAAUAAAGACAAAGACUUCCAAGGUCCAUAUGCUGUCCAGCUACAUCAGGUUGGUGCAUCCUUUUGAAAUCCCAGAGGUCUUCAGUCUUCCCAUGGACCAAGGAGAUGUGCACUAUUUAAAGUGGCUGGAGGAGGGCAUGGAGGAAGAAUGAGUGGGGGCUUUUUGUGCCUCCUGCUGGCUGCCUCUAGCCUUCAUCAGCUGUUCUCUAGGGGAGGGGAGGCUUCUGUCUGCCUCCUAGCAUCUCUGGAUUCCAUGCUUUUGUAAGCACAGAGGAACUAAGUAACUUGUGGAGGGUGAAGGUCCGAGGCUCCUGAGGCUGGAAGAGGACGCUGGGCCAGUCAGGCCAAGCAAGAACCCAGUGGAACUUGUCUUGGAGUGCAUCAUGCGUAAAGGGUUGGGGUGGGGGGCGGUGCAGAGGGUGAGGAUGAUUAUGUAUAGGAACCAAGGGGAGGUGGCAGCGAGGGUGAGGUUUGUCGUCGGUGUUCACUGAGCCUCUGUUGAGUGCCUAGUGUGUUAUUACUCUCCUGCUGCUCAGGAAUGGACCUGAUGACCUGUCACUCAGAAGUGUGUGGGGUGAAUGCCACCUUCUAGGGGAACUGGAAGCGCUUUAUCCAAAAGGAUGAAUUGCUAAUGGUGGAAUUUCAGAGACAAGCAGGAUUUUGUUUCUUCUAACUAAAGGUGGUGUUAUUCCUGAGUCCUGCGGAAGUGGGACUAGGAGUGGCUUCCUGAGUACAUGUAGGACUGGGGGAGUAUCAGGGCUUAGACACAGCCUCACGGAUAGGGAGUAGGUCUUGACUCUUUCCUAGCCUAAAGGUAACAGACAUCAGAAGGUUCUGGUGCCUUGCUCAGUGGAGACAUGGGUUCUGAGCCCACCAUACUAACCUUUCCACUUGAGCAUUGUAACUGAGCAUCCUGAAGUAGAAACCCAGGGGAACCGCUAGACCAGUAUUUUUCAGCCUUGUUUCAUAGAACCCCAGGGGUUCACAGAGGGUACCUGGGGACUACUCCUACUUCAGCCAGUGCAACUGUACUUUUAUUAUUUUUAUGGACUGAGCUAAGUUUUUGUUGUUGUUAAAAUGUUUGUAAACUAGUGGCCUAAGCCAGUCUCCGUUUUAUAGAUUAAAGGAAGCUGAACUGCACUGAAGUUCAGAAAGGGGGUGGCGUGUUGAGUUACAGAUGGGAUAGUCCAGGCUGCUCAGUCUGUCUGGUGCUCUCCUAAACCUGUUCCACAGCUGUCGGUGGAAGAAGCCCCAUGGGGUGAGAAAAGAUACCUGACCUAGGCCCCUUCCACGGCUUUGUCACAAGGUGACUCCACUUCUGGGGACACCAUGGGCAGUUUGAAUGGGGGUCCACAGACAUCCACGGUAUCCCAGGUCAUCCCUCCCAGAGGGAGGGGUGUGUGGGAGGAGUGUUGCCAGGCUCUGGUUCUGACACCUUCUGUGCUUCUUGGACCUUAGUUCCUCCAGAUAUAAAAUGAGGGAGGCUCUUCAAGGGCCCUACCAUGAAGACCUUGUAGGGACUUAAGGCCGAGCCCCUUCCAAAGGUCCAGAGGAUCCCGUCUGGGAUAGUCAGUGGGGAGUUUGGGGGGCUGCCUCAGGAGAAGACACAAUGAUCAUGGUGAUGUCCCUUAUUUUUUUCUUUUUUUUUUUACAACAGAUGUUUCUGGUGCAUAAGAAAAUCUUGUGUAAAGUAAACCCUACUGAAAAGGUCCUGGGGACCCCAAAUGGCCUGCCCGUAUUGCUUUCAGGAUAAAGUCCAGUUUCUUGGUCUGGAUUUCAGGGCCCUUUGGAGCCUUGCCUCAACUCAGUCUUCCAUCCUCAGCUUCCACCUCUCCUGCUCUGGCACAUGGGUGCUUCAGUGUGCUAUGCUGUGACUCCUGUGUGCAGGCCAUCCCCUCUGCCCGAUCGCCCUUCUGCAUGAGUGCUUGAGAAGUCUGGUUGCUUGUUUGCAAGGCCUGGCAUCCCCGGUUGGAAGGAAUCUCUCCUGCCUUGAUGUCCUGUUAUCCUGGUGCAUCACAGUCAGUCUCCUGUUUCUAGAUUGUGAGCUGCUCGAGGUGAGGGACACGUUUGAAUCCAUUUGGUCUCUUGCACAGGGUUUGGCAGAUAUUUCCCGAAUUGAUGUUUCAAGGAUUUGAAUACUAAAGCUUUCACAGUUACUUUCUAAUUUAUGGAGUUGAAAAAAUCCAACUUUUUUCCUUCAACUUUCCUAAAGUGGGACUAAUUCCAAAGGAGAUUUUUCUAUCCCUUGCCUUCAUUGGUUCAUUUUCUGUGCUGACUGUGCAUCAAAAAUGUUUCUUGGUGACCUUCCUUUGCCUCUGUGUCACAGCCGACUAUAGGAAGUAGCAGAGGACAGGGACGAAACACCAGCUCUCUCUGCCGGGUGCUGUCCUAGGUUAACAUUAUUUUAUCCUUAUGACGCACUGUUACCCUCAUUUUGCAGUUGAAACCUGAGGUCAGAGAGCAGGAGACACUUAAAAUAAGUGGCAGAAGCAGGGUCUGAAACCCAAGUCUCUGAUUCUAAAUCUGAUGCUCUUAUUGCCUCUUUCCAAGAGACUGGAUAUAUCCCAAAGACCCAGAGAACCUGCUGUACCCAGCUCUAAAGGGAGAGUUAUUCGUUCCUAAAACAUCCGUGUGGUAAGUUGGUAUACUGCAUUGUUUACGUCUCCCCACAGAUCUGGAGGUUGGUGAGAAUAUCUUCCUUCUACAGAUGAGGGGACAGAUUUAGAGGAGUUUAAUGAUUUUUAGGGUCUGUGUGACUCCAACUUCCAUGGUUUGGCCACUAUACCGCACUGUCCUCCCAGAUGAUGCUGUGAGAGCUGGGGCUAGGACCUUCAUCAGGGUUUCCACGUGGGAAUUCCUUCCCAGCAUUUCUCAGGAAACGUAGGUUUUUUGACCCCAGAAUCCCUGGGAGAAUCAGUCGAGGAAAUGGGAAAAAGUAUUAACUGAAUGCUAAAGCUUAAAAGCAUAGAGAUGUUGCUGGUUUGAAGGAAUCCAGCUUCAACAAAUAAAAAGCUAGAGCAAGAAACGCUAACAUAGAGUUGAAGGUUAAAAGAACCAGGACAGGACCAUGUAGAAUAGAAAUGGUUUCCAUCUAGUGAGUCUUGUCUGUGAUUGUUGCCAUGUCCCAAGAGUGUGUGUCUAGCCCUGUCUGCUGCAAACUGUGAGUUAUUCUUGCAAAUAAGUUUAUACACAGUAUAUUUUAUACAAAUCCUAUGAGCUGUGUUCCAAGAAAUAAGCUUUGGAAGCAAAAUAAAUUAUUAAUUUGGUGAUUUUGACACGAUUCUGUGUACUCUUAACCUUGUUAGGAUAUUUGAAUGUUAUGUUAUUUGAAUACUAUCCAGUAAUGUUCCCUGGUGUUUUCCAGUGUUUAAAAUAUUCCCUAGAGGCUGUUGCAGUUCUUUGUAACUACUACAAAGCUUAAUAUUCCUAUUAAAUUUUUUUUUCAAGUAUCUGUAAUAACAGGGAAAGCAUGAAGAAUGCUCGUAGUAUUUUAAGUUCUGAUUUAGGGAAUUUGUGAGAAUUCCAAUUUCUUGCUCCUAAAUUCUAAACAUAGGUAGAUAUGUGUUGUAAAUUUGUAAACGCUAACCUAGACCACACAGAAACAGGGACUCUCCAGCUUGGGGAGGACCACCGACUUCAGGAGGGUCUAUAGGGCUAUUCACUGUAGAACCUGGACUACAG